AAUCGCAAAUCUGCUGUGCUCCUGAUUUGAUCAUAUUGUGUUCUUGCUCUCGGAGCUUGCUUGAUCGAGAAAUGGAGAUUAAAGGAGGGUUUUUGCGUUCGCUUCUCCCAACUUUGCUACCCUUUUUUAUUGCUGUGAUGAUUCGGGAAUUUGAAUGUUUCUCUUAAUCUUGUGGUUAUUUCCAUCUUCCCUUUCUGAUUUUUUCUUUAAUGGUUAGUCGACAAGAGGGAUUCCUUGCGGGAGAAAAGGGAGAAUUUUGGAUAGCUCUGUAUCUGAACUAGGGUUUCUGGUUGGGUUUUGAGCUGCAGAUCUGGCUUGACUUUGCCGCCUUGUUUUGUUUAGGUCUCAUAUUAGAAACAGAUAUUGGAUUGGCUUCUUUUGAACUUCACUCAGAUGAUUAGUUUCAUAUGUUUCAUAUUUCUUGUUUCGCUUCUGGUUUUAGUUGGAAAUCAGUUUUACUCUUGAUUUGGGAGAUGGGUUAGGUAUAAAUUUAAGCCAGUUUGCGAUCAGUGCACAAUUACUGUGGAACAAAUCACAGCUAGAUUCCUUCAAAAUUUCUACUUUAUUAUCUUCAAUUGAAUUUUAUUUAUCAUUUUUCAUCGCUCCAAUCAAUGACCUUGCCCAGUUUUCCAGCAAUCUAGUGCCAUAAUGAUUAUUGAUUGAUGGCUCUGCCUCCAUUUUCUCAAAGAAAAGUAAUUGUUUUCAGCAUCAAACAUCAACAUCAAAAUAUGUAAAAUGUAAAAGGGAUCAUCGGUAGGACAGUUCUUCAUUUGGUGUUGUCCUAAUUUGCCGGAUUAAUACUUCGAUGCAAACAUCUACAAAACGCAAAACUUUUGACGAACACCAGCAGUCAUUGAAUGAUAUAAGUUUGCUGGAUGAUAAUGCGGAAUCCCAUCUCAUGACUGGAGAUCACCAAUCCUCGGGAUAUCUUGCUUCUGAGGAUGCUUCAAAUCAUAUAAAUGUUCAGUCACAGGCAUGUCAAAUGCAAUUCUGUACUCUUGAAUCCUCCAUACCGACUGGGAAUUAUACAGUGCAGAAUUCCUCAUCUUCUAUCCGCCUCUCAUUUACCAGUGGGAGUCCCAUAUCCCAGCCAGAUUGGCACUCUGAUCGUGUCCAUGGAUCUCCAGUAAGUGCUUCGUGUGUUACUGAAGAUCCGAAUGAUCUAAAGUCUAAGUUAAGGGAUAUUGAGCACAAGAUGCUGGGUGCUGAAUAUGAUACCAUUGAACGACUCAAGAACACCUACUCAGCCCAUCAGCCUCCAGGCCUGGAGAAGUGGAGGCAAGUGAUGGGAAUUCCCAGAGGAGACUUGAAGCAGCAUCUCAUAGCCUGUGCUAGAGCCAUCGCAGAGAAUGAUCUUCUCGCUGUCAAAUGGCUUAUUCCGGAGUUAAAGCAUAUGGUUUCAGUUUCUGGGGAACCAGUUCAACGACUAGGAGCAUACUUACUCGAAGGCCUCAUAGCUAAGCUGUCUGCCUCGGGUAGUUCCAUCUACAAAGCUUUGGAGUGCAAACAACCAGCUAGUCCUGACCUCCUCUCCUACAUGCAUAUCCUUUACGAGGUCUGCCCGUAUUUCAAAUUCGGCUACUUGUCUGCAAACGGGGCAAUUUCAGAGGCAAUCAAAGAUGAAAACAUGGUUCACAUUAUUGAUUUUCAGAUCGCUCAAGGAAGCCAGUGGGUCACUCUCAUUCAAGCCCUUGCUGAAAGGCCUGGUGGUCCGCCACAUCUACGAAUCACCGGAAUUGAUGAUCCUUACAAUGCGCACGCACGAGGUGGUGGUCUGCACAUCGUGGGACGGAGACUCUCUCGACUGGCUCACUCAUGCAAUGUACCAUUUGAAUUUCAUGCCGUGCCAAUAUCGGGAUGCGAUGUGGAAAUUGAGCACCUGGACAUUCGCCCUGGGGAGCAAUUGGCUGUAAACUUUGCAAUGGAGCUGCAUCACAUACCAGAUGAGAGUGUGAGCACAAGGAACCACAGGGAUCGAAUUCUGAGAAUGGCUAAGAGCCUUUCCCCCAAGGUAGUGACGCUCGUGGAGCAAGAAGCCAACACGAAUACUGCUCCUUUUUUCGCAAGGUUUCUCGAGAUCCUGGAAUACUACGCUGCCGUCUUUGAAUCAAUCGAUGUUACUCUUCCUAGAGAAAACAAAGAGAGAAUCAACGUAGAGCAGCACUGCCUUGCGAGGGACAUAGUCAAUGUGAUCGCCUGUGAGGGUGCCGAAAGGGUGGAGAGGUAUGAGCUCUUUGGGAAAUGGAAGUCCCGGUUAACCAUGGCCGGAUUCCGGCCAUGUCCUCUCAGUCCUUUGGUGAAUGCAACCAUCAAGACACUAUUACAUAGCUAUUCACAAUGCUACCAACUUGAGGAACGAGCCGGUGUACUUUAUCUCGGAUGGAUGAACAAGCCUCUGGUCGUUUCAUCCGCCUGGAGAUGAUCCAAAAGAUCGGCAGACCUAAUGAUGAAGGUUUGGUGUAUCUACUCGUAAACUAGUCCAUGAGCAUGUAUACAUUGGUUAAACAUCAGAGUAAGAACAGAAACUUAUAAUCAAA